CACACUGUUUUGGUUUGAGUUGAGUGAGCCGGAGACACAAAUAAGUUAGGUUUUACUGUAUACUGAUAAUACUGUUUCAUAUGUAUUUACAGUGUACAAUCUAACAUGCCUUGGUUCUUUCCGUGGCCCGAUUACAUCAAAAAGAGGGCAUGUAGGUACCUCUUACAGCACUACCUAGGAAAUUUUCUGCAGGAGAAGCUGACACUGGAUCAGCUGAGCGUCGAUCUGUACAAUGGAAAAGGCACGAUCAAAGAUGUCGCACUUGAUGUUUACUCUUUAAAUGAACUAUUAGAAAGUGUUGAGUCACCAGUGGAGAUUAUAGAUGGUAUUAUUGGUAGCAUAUCUAUAAGUGUACCAUGGUCUGCGUUGCUAAGCGACAGCUGUGAAAUUGAGAUUCAUGGCCUGGAAUUGACUCUACAACCACGUUAUCGCACAGAGGAAAAUCAUGCCGGAGGAAUGUUUGACUCUAUGUGGAGCUCCAUGGGCAUGACAACUAGUAUACAAAUAGCACAGGAAUGUCUAAAAGAAGAACAAUCUGGAAAAGACCAUCAGCCUGACAAAUCACAGCGAUAUGAGGGUCUAGAAUUAUUUGCACAGACUAUUGAAUCAGUGUUGUCGAGAGUUAAGAUGACUUUUGUUGAGUCUGUUGUUAAACUUGAACAUGUACCAAAGGAGUCUAAGACUGGGGUUUCAUUAGAAGUAUGCAUUAAAAGAAUUGAGUACUUUGAUGAGAACGCAUCAGAUCCAGGCAGUGGUUCAGACCAGGAAGUCCCUCAGAAAUAUGAACCAGUCGCUUUUGCUCUCAAGAAAUUUCAUCUGAUGGGAGUUUCUCUUUUUUGUGAUGAGUUCCCUGAAAAUUAUCGGACCCUUUCUCGACAGUCCUCCUGUGAAAGUGAUUCUCCUAUCGCAAUGCAUACUGGGAAUUUCUCUCCACCCCUCUCCCCACCGAUGCCUCCACAGCAUUCAGAGAUGACAGCGAGGCAACCUACAUAUGAUUCCAUUCAUCGGCAAAUUGAGCACGGUGAUCCAAUCAAAAUUGCUAGCUUUGCGGGUAGACAGGAAAUCAAACUAAAAAUCAAACAAAACGAUCGAGUCACAGGACCAAAAGUUGAAAUAGAAUCCUUUCUAGGUUCUAUCAAUUUCUUCUUAUCUCCAAGACAAGUACACUUGUUAUUAGAGCUUGCACAUGGAAUUGCUUCACCAUCGUCUUCCGAUGUAGCACCAGUACCCGGACGAGCUAAAAACAAACCCAUGCAACCAGAAGACUAUGACAGAAUAGAAACAGAGCUCCAGGAGCAGUUACACAGAGAUAGAGCUUUCAAACAAGAAGGGAAGAGGCACUCCUGGACUUGCCAAGAUGAUGAACCUUUACAUACGCAGUUUCUAGAUGAUGAAGAAGAGAUUUAUUUCUCUAUGUCGGCUAGUUUGGCAUCGUUAGCACCAUUUGAACAGUCUGGUGAGAGUGAUAUGGAAUCUUCAGUCAAUAGCAACUUCAGCGUUAGUACGGUUGACACAAAUCAAACAGGUAACAGUAGCAUUGCCAGACAAGGCUAUGGUAUCACUUAUAUCACGUCCACUGGAUCACCAUUUGCAUCAUCCAUACCUAAAGGGGCUGCAAGGCGAUCUCAUAGACCCAGAAAAACUCUCUCAGAACUCCUCGAUGAUCCUGAAGCAGAGAUGAUACGCUACAAAUUGAAAUUCAGCAGCAUCGCCAUGGUGAUACUGCACGAGAAUCCAUUACCGUCAACCAGCAACAAUCAGCAAUCUGUUUCCAUGAUGACGCUGUCCACGAGCUACUUCCAUGAAAUUGGUUUCGGUGCUUCUGUCGUGGGAGGAAAAGAUUACGAUGAGUUACGAGAGAGACUUGCCAAAGCUUGUCAACAUGAUCAUUUACAGUUAAUUUUUGCGCCAGUUACACUGGAGUGCGAUAGAAAAACAUCCCAUUCUGCUAACGCCAUCAGUGCUGAUUUCUCUGUGGGAAUGUUGGAAGUUGUAGAAGCGCUAUACGAAAGAAGCACACCUGUUUCCAGUACUGGUACUCCAAAUACAGAGAAUAUAUCACCCAGCUAUGCAGAAAUAUUGACAUUUACAGAAGAAGAACUAAGCAGGCGUUCUAUGUACACAAGUCUAUCCAGUGUGCCAUGUUUUAAAAUCAAAGUGAAAAACUUGACUAGAAACAGUGGACAGGGACCCAACUCUCGGGGUAGUCUACACAGACCAAGAACUGACAUCGUGAUGCAGUUUGGUCGAAUCAGGCUUGACUUGGAUGUAACAGUGGUAGACAGAUUGAAUUCUCUUUUACAUCCUGUACCCUUACCUGAUACUGAUGGCCAUCGGAAUUACAAAUCAUUCCACCAUCAAAACAUACCUAUGUCCAGACAAGGAUACUUCAGUCAAGCCAUUGAUGACACACCCAGUCUUAGUGAUCAGAGAAUAGAUAUACAUGUCACCUGUCCAUUUUCAGUGAUAUCAGUCAGAUUUCCAAUUCCUGACCUACGAAAUGACCAUGAGAGACGUCCAUGGUGGGUGAGGUCUUUAAGGAAAGAAAUUCUUUUUCUUGAAGUUAUGGAAGUUGGGUUUUACACCAAACUAGGAGGCAGUGAUCAGUGUUCAAAAUAUGAAUUGACAUUCAAAGAAAUGCAUGGUAUGUUACAAGAAGAUCCUGACAAGUCGCCAGUGUCUUUCAUCAGAAUUGGCCCUGAUCAAAAUGACAAUGAAGUUCCUGGCCAAGAAGGAAUACAAAAUGGAUUUAAUUGGCCACGAAUUGUAGUUAAAGUUCUGCCCUUUGAAAGUGGACCAGUCUUAGAAGAGGAGGAGAUUGACUCUGAAGACAGCAAUCAAUUCAGCUCAUUGGAGGAUACCAUGCAGUUUGGAAAACAGGAACCAUCUCCAUUCUCUUCCAAGAAAGUCAUGUAUGAUAGUGAGGAGAUGGUCAUACCUGGUGAUCAAACUGAAAUGGCUGAUUUUGCUGAGAAAGCUACCAACCAUUCGAGGAUGCAAUUAGAAUUUAAUUUACCCAAUGUCAGUGGAUUCUUGCCAUCAAAACAGUUCUUUGAAUUACUUUAUAACAGAUUACUCAACGAUAUGUUGCUAUGGGAACCAGGUGCACCAUCGCCCGCUGUUGUUGCUGAAGGUCAUGGUGUAUUUGCUUCAUGUCGUGGAUUUGACUUUGCUACUCAGUCAUUAUUCAAUGAAAGAUUUUCUAUGUGUAAAUCCCUACACGCUAAUGACUCUGAUUCUGAAGAAGACAGCAACCAGUUUGAUUCAAUUCUUUUUGAAUCUAAAAAGAAGAAAAAGAAGAAAUCAGACCCUGCAAACUUUGCACACUCACAGAGUUACAUGGCUGUUAGCUUGAAUAUUGGACACGGACGACUGGAUCUAUGUCUAGGUGCUAAGGAAGAGAGCGGUGACGGUGAAAAGUAUGGUGAAGCCGUGUUGGAUUUUGAAGAUACUAAUCUGUUUCUUGUUGCUAAGUAUCAGGGUAAUCCUGAUCUGAGUUACCUGUCACUUCAGGCUAACAGAGUCACUAUGUAUCAUAGUGGUUGUGUGACACCAAAAAAGAUGAGUCCUGUUGAGUGUGUUAGUUCUCGCAGUACUCCACCUCACUUGAAUCCAUGUAUUUACAAAUCAGAAGCUGGUGCCUAUACCAAAUUAGGAAGUAAUGUCGGCUCUGGGAGUAGCAAUGAUAGCCUCAACAUGUUGUCUGUUGCCAUUAAAAUCAACCUAGACACAAAACGGAAAGUUAAAUUAAUGGAGUUCUUUGACGUGCUUGAUGAACCUGUACCAGGAUAUGAACUUCCAACGAUUCUAACCGAGUUACAUACACAUCUCUGGAGCUGCUAUUGA